UCUGCCUUAGAGCUGUGUCCUGAAAACCUAGCUCACUCCCCUUCUCUGAUUCUCCCUUUUGCAGCCUUGCUCUUCUGGUAUUGCUUCUUCUCAUCAAUACUUGAUACGGCGGUUAUGGCUGAAGUUGAGGAAAAUUUUGGUGAACCUGACAUGGAUCAACUGCCUGAGGAUUCGCAGCCUCAACAAAAACGAGGACGUGAUGAUGAUUCAGCAAUUGGAGGUGGUGAGAAGAGGUGGCCUGGAUGGCCUGGAGAGAGUGUUUUCCGGAUGUUGGUUCCUGCACAAAAGGUUGGCAGUAUCAUAGGACGCAAAGGAGAGUUCAUUAAGAAAAUUGUUGAGGAGACUAGAGCUCGCAUUAAGAUACUUGAUGGUCCUCCAGGGACAGCAGAAAGAGCUGUAAUGGUAUCUGCAAAGGAGGAGCCUGAUUCUUCUCUUCCACCGGCCAUGGAUGGCCUUCUGAAGGUUCAUAAACGAAUUGUUGAUGGGUUAGAAGGUGAUUCUUCUCACAUGCCCCCAGGAGGGAAGGUUUCAACGCGUCUGCUCGUGGCAGCUUCACAAGCAGGAAGCCUAAUCGGUAAACAAGGAGGAACAGUAAAAUCCAUUCAAGAGGCAUCUAAUUGUAUUGUCAGAGUUCUUGGAGCAGAAGACCUACCCAUUUUUGCUCUCCAAGAUGAUAGGGUUGUUGAAGUAGUAGGGGAACCCAUUGGAGUGCAUAAAGCAGUGGAGCUAAUUGCAUCUCACCUCAGGAAAUUUUUAGUUGACCGCAGUGUAAUUCCAUUAUUUGAAAUGCAAAUGCAAAUGUCGAAUCCUCCGAUUGAGCACAUGCCUCCCCACCAGCCCUGGGGUCCACCUCAAGGUCUUCCUCCAAAUGCUAGUGGAGGCCCUGGUUUUGGACCUAAUCCUCCAUACAUGCCCCCUCCAAGGCAACUUGACAGUUAUUAUCCCCCUCCUGAAUUACCCCCUCCAGUGGAAAAACAGCCUCAUCAGGGUAUAUCUGCAUACGGCAGAGAAGUGCCAAUGGGUGGUCAUGCACCAUCAAGCGCCCAACCUGCACCAUCAAUGAUCACACAGGUAACACAACAAAUGCAGAUUCCUCUGUCUUAUGCUGAUGCCGUUAUUGGAACAGCUGGUGCAAGUAUAAGUUACAUUAGGCGUGCUAGUGGGGCAACUGUUACCAUACAGGAAACAAGGGGUGUUCCUGGGGAAAUGACUGUUGAGAUCAAUGGAACUGCUUCCCAAGUCCAAGCAGCUCAGCAACUGAUACAGAAUUUUAUGGCUGAAGCUGCUGCACCAGCACAGGCCCAAGCUGGUGGAUCUGCUGACCAAGGCUAUAAUUCUUAUGCAGCUCAUGGUUCGAUGUAUGCAUCUCCUGCAUCCAACCCAGCACAUGCAAGCCACACUGGAGGCUAUGGUCCGGUGUAUGGAGCAAACUAUGGUUAUUAAGCAGGAUACUUACCAAUUUGGUUUGUCAUUGUUGAAGUCAUGUGUUUUCAUCAUUCAACUUAAAUAGUUAAAAACACCAAAUAAUCCCAUCUUGAAAACACUCUGUAUCUGUACUUGGCUUUCUGUCUGGCUCCAAGAACAAAUGUCAGUGUUAGAUUUGAUCGUGUGCAUUAGUUUAGCUAUAGGAACAGAACUUCUUUCUUUGAGAUAUCUCCAUCUAGUAUUUUGUACCUUGCUUUACAUUUUUCUGAAUCGGUAAUCUUUUUCCAUUUGAUAUCGUUUCCAA